UUAAUCGGGGGCGCGUACGUGCGCGUCCCCGCGGAGUCUUUGUGUGGCGGCGUAGAGAAGCGCAAAUACAAUAACCAUGGCCGACGAGAAACCCAAGGAGGGGGUAAAGACAGAGAACAAUGACCACAUCAAUCUGAAGGUGGCGGGACAGGACGGGUCAGUGGUCCAGUUUAAAAUCAAGAGACACACACCUCUCAGCAAGCUCAUGAAGGCCUACUGUGAGAGACAGGGACUGACGAUGAGGCAGAUUCGAUUCCGGUUUGACGGACAGCCGAUUAACGAGACAGACACGCCCGCACAGUUGGAAAUGGAGGAUGAAGACACAAUUGACGUUUUCCAGCAACAGACAGGAGGACACAUCUGAAUCGGACGACUCUCGCGACCCCGACCCGUCUCUCUCCGCCUCUCUCUCUCUCUGUUCCUGGUUCUCACAGACCUCUCUCCUCAUGGUUAUCUGUAACUGCUGUUGUAUAGUGUUUUCAGUUCAUCAUGUUUUACUUUCGUUUUGUACAUAAAGGGUUUCUGCUACAGUAAUUAUUACAUUGGGAUUGUUAAUUGCUGUAAAAUCUGACAUGUUAAGCCCGAGUCUUUGAACGAUUGAUCGCUAGACCAUCAUGGAGACAGUCAUCUGUGUACAGAGUCAGACCAACUAAUACAUGUAUCCCCUUAAGAAUCAUUGAGGAUAAAGAGCCAUGUGUUUGAGUUCAGGGUUUUGUUCUGGUUCGAAUAUGACCACACAGGCUUUUUCGAAAUUGCGUUUCAAGAAAUAAUAAAGAAAUGUUCUGCUCUACUAUACUUUAAGCAGACAAACCUGCAGUUCAGAUUGAUUUUCUGUUUUCCAUUCAGACAAAUUGGUUUUACAACUUUUUUUUAUUUUAUUUUAGUGGUCAUGUAUAGUGCGUAACUUGUGUUAAACAUGUUUUGACUUGAGUACGAACGAGGGAAUUCAUGUUUCAGACAAGUCAAGCAUCUGUCUGUAUUGUCUAAUCUCUUGUUAAAAUAAAAUAUUCUCUUUUUAUCAAA